AUGGGCUAUGGAUUUGAGGGUAGCCCAAUUGCCAAGGCUCUCAAGGAUCAACCAUCUGCCGGCGAUUCCCAGAGUCAGAAGACAUCAGAUGAGAAACCACAGAAGUCUGAGGUCAUGGACAUCACUCUGAAGAUUUACGAUGAGACCUGUUCGCAGUCGACCGCUACUGUUAUGGUUCUCCCUCGUCCUCUCCCUAAUGACUAUGCUCUCCGUGGCUUCUCUUGGGUUGAAAAUUAUUUCCCGAGGAAUAAUGAGGAUCGUUCAAAGGACUGGUUCGCAAAUGAUCGGAUUGAUGAUGAAGAAAAGUAUCUUGAGCAGAAUUCCAUGGCGGAAGAGCGCAAAGACCGUUGCUUGUGGCUUGGUCACAAGAUCGCCAUGAAGCUAGACAUCAAGUGGCUGCGGUAUGAUUCCAAGACUCACAGAUUUAGUGCUCUUGACAACAUGGCGCCUUGGCUGCGCCACGACUAUGACAGUGGGUCUGAGGGGUGA